AUGGCUAGCGAGCGGCUGAGCCAGAUUGAGCGUCAUCUGGCGGACCCCAGUCGGAUUGAUGACCAGGUGGUCCUCGUCACAGGCGCUGGACAGGGUAUCGGCCGGUCCGCUGCCCUUCUCCUCGCCUCUAAGGGUGCCAAAAUCGGAGUCAACGAUCUGGACAAGGAUAAAGCACAAGCGGUUGUGGACGAGAUCCUAGCAAAGGGUGGGCAAGCCGAGUGCUAUCCAGGCAAUGUCCUCGAUGCUUUGUUUCCAGGGAGCUUCGUGGCGGCAAUCCUGAAGAAAUGGGGCAAAAUCAAUUGUUUGAUUAACAACGCGGGCUUCUGUCAAGACAGUGCAAUCCACAAGAUGACAGACGACAAGUUCGACAUCAUCAUGAAAGUACACAACUACACCCCAUUCCGAAUGAUCCGAGCACUUUCGACGCAUUGGAUGGAUCCCGCCAAUCUCGACAUGGCCAAAUCCAUCGUCAAUGUUUCUUCGACAUCGGGCCUUCAUGGGUCGAUGGGGCAAAUCAACUACGCCACGGCCAAGGCAGGAAUUGUAGGAUUGACCAAAACGGUGGCAUUGGAAUGGGGACGGUAA